CCCCAGCCGAUGGCAGGACAGUAACCGCCUGUCAGGGGUCGCAAAGGGCUGAGGCAGAGGCAGAGGCUCCCGGGCCUCAGAUAGUGGCCGUCUCUGGAGGCCAUGGGCUACCCUGAGGUAGAGCGCAGGGAACCCCUGCCUGCAGCAGCGCCAAGGGAGCGGGGCAGCCAGGGCUGCGGCUGUCGCGGGGCCCCUGCUCGGGCGGGCGAAGGGAACAGCUGCCGGCUCUUCCUGGGUUUCUUUGGCCUCUCGCUGGCCCUCCACCUGCUGACGCUGUGUUGCUACCUAGAGUUGCGGUCCGAAUUGCGGCGGGAACGGGGAACCGAGUCCCGCCUAGGCGGCCCGGGUGCUCCUGGCACCUCUGGCACCCUAAGCAGCCCUGGGAGCCUCGACCCCGUGGGUCCCAUCACCCGCCACCUCGGGCAGCAGUCCUUUCCGCAGCAGCCUUUGGAAGCGGGAGAAGAUCCACUCCCCCCUGACUCCCAGGACCGGCACCAGAUGGCCCUUCUGAAUUUCUUCUUUCCUGAUGAAAAGGCAUAUUCUGAAGAGGAAAGUAGGCGUGUUCGCCGCAAUAAAAGAAGCAAAAGUGGUGAAGGAGCAGAUGGUCCUGUUAAAAACAAGAAAAAGGGAAAGAAAGCAGGGCCCCCUGGGCCCAAUGGCCCCCCAGGACCUCCAGGACCUCCAGGACCCCAGGGACCCCCAGGGAUUCCAGGAAUUCCUGGGAUUCCAGGAACAACUGUUAUGGGACCACCUGGCCCUCCUGGCCCUCCUGGUCCUCAAGGACCCCCUGGCCUCCAAGGACCUUCUGGUGCUGCUGAUAAAACUGGAACUCGAGAAAACCAGCCAGCUGUGGUGCAUCUGCAGGGCCAAGGGUCGGCAAUUCAAGUCAAGAAUGAUCUUUCAGGUGGAGUGCUCAAUGACUGGUCUCGCAUCACUAUGAACCCCAAGGUGUUUAAGCUACAUCCCCGCAGCGGGGAGCUGGAGGUACUGGUGGACGGCACCUACUUCAUCUAUAGUCAGGUAGAAGUGUACUACAUCAACUUCACUGACUUUGCCAGCUACGAGGUGGUGGUGGAUGAGAAGCCCUUCCUGCAGUGCACCCGCAGCAUUGAGACAGGAAAGACCAACUACAACACUUGCUAUACUGCAGGCGUGUGCCUCCUCAAGGCCAGGCAGAAAAUUGCCGUGAAGAUGGUGCACGCCGACAUCUCUAUCAAUAUGAGCAAGCACACCACCUUCUUUGGGGCCAUCAGGCUGGGCGAAGCCCCUGCAUCCUAGAUUCUCCCAUUCCAUCCUGCCCCAUGCCCCUGCCCCAGGUUUGGGAGCCAGGACUCCCAGAACCUCUAAGUGCUGCUGUGGAGUGAGGUAUAUUGGCGUUGCAGCCACAGAGAGAAAUGCCCCAGUACUAUUUAUUCCCCAGUGACUCCAGGAUGACAAGGCCUGCACGACUUCCCAGAAUGACCUUGAGUUCCCAGGACAGUUGAUGGAGCCCCAGGGUUUUCAAGAAGCAGAACCUCCUUAGGCUCCCUGCUGGCUGGCUUAUGGUGACUCCUCAACCCCUAGGUCCCUCAUCAGAUUUCUCAUUUGUUGCACUAAACUGAAGAUCCAAGAUGGUAGGCCACAAAAAGCAAAGGUGCACUCCAGAUUCUAGGGGUGACCCUCUGACUCCAAGGGGGCUGCUGCUUCUCUCUUGGCUGGGGGUGGCAUCAGGUUGCAACUUAAGGAGAGGAUCAGGUCAGAAGAAGGCAAGUGCCUGUGGCAGAGACCCGGGCAAUUAGCUGCCAAGCAAGCAUCCUUGGCAGAGGAGGCAUUCUUGCUGUAUUGCACUAUGACCUACAAGAGGCUCAAACAACUCUUCCCACUCAGGCUGAGAGGUACACUGUGGCAGCUUGCUGGACUCCAGAGCUGGGAACUUUGCUCUGCCUUGGAAUCAUUGCAGGCAUGGCCACACCCCUGCCUAAGUACGAGCCCGAUACUUGGGGCUGCGCAUGUCUCACUUUGUUUACAGCUCUGCUCCCCUCUCCGAAAACUACCUGGAGUCUUCCCACCUGCCACCCUCCCCAGACUGCCUAGAAGUCCUAUCUUCUCUCUCCACAGUGCCUACCUCUGUCUGAGACAGGUGCCUCAUGCGGGACCCAUCUCUCAUGAGUCUGGUGUAUUCUUUAAAUUACCUGGGCACAAGGAAUUUUCCAUUAAUUAAGCAAUACAAUUAUUCAUCUAAUUCUAACAAAAUUGUGUCUGGGAGCAGAUGGUUAAACUGGAUAACCUCCAAAGGCCCCUUAGAGUUUGAAUAUCAGUGGCUCUCGAAAGUUACCACUACAGUAGACUUCUAAAUCCCCAAACCCCAGACUCCCUUGGACAUCAGCAAAGCAGGGCUUUUCUACCUGGCCCAGAAAGGGGGAGAAGUAGGAAUUGGAAAGCAGGGAGAUU